AUGUCUAAUUGUGGUCUUCAAGAAGAAGAAAGAGAGGUUUUACUUUCGAUAUACGAUGGUGAUGAUAAAUUUAGAGAUAUUUCACCCACAAUAUAUCAAUAUAAAUACGGUGAAGAAAAUGAUUCGAAAUCUUUUUUAGUUGAAGUCGUUUGGACUGAAAAUUAUCCGGAUGAAAUACCGAAAAUAAAUAUGAACACGUUUUAUAAUGAUCACCUAUCAUCAGAUGUUAAAGAAAAAAUUGCCAAUGCGCUACUGAAAGAGGCUGAAUUAUAUUUAGGUACUGCAAUGACUUAUACCUUAUUCGAAUUUGUUAAAGAAAAAGAAAUUGAAUUUACAAAUGAAAUAAUUGUUAAUAAAUGUGUAAAUAAUGAAUCAUCAUUAAAAUUGGGAAUUUCAGAGCAAGUAAGACAUAAUAAAACGACAAAAAAAGAACACUUGACAAAAGCUCAAAAGAGGAGACAGUGGGAUAGAGUAGGUUCUAAAGGUGAAAAACCUAGAGGUUGGAAUUGGGUAGACAUAGUUAAACAUCUUUCGCAAACAGGUUGUAAACCGGUUAAUGAAAAUACUAUUCAAAGUAAUUAG